AUAUGUAACAACACUGCCAGUCAGUGGUAUUUCUUUCCGGGCAGCAGAAGUGUUCCUAUCCUACUAAUCGGUCCCCCACGACUAUUGAAAAGGGAUUUGAAUUCAGGGUCAUGUUCAGUUGCUCUACAGUAAAAUAUUGUGCUGCAUCUGAUAGGUGUUCCGUUUAAUUUCAGAAAUCUGUGCAUUUCGGAGCUCCAAAAUAGUAAAAUGGUUCCUCCGGAAGAGUUUUCAAGUGACAAUGGGCGAGAUUAAUGGCUGCAGUCGCAAGUUGACAUACUGAUCCAGGUGGUAUUGGAAUAUUGUAUUGAAAACAUGAAGGAACAGAAUUGCAUUAGCAGAAAAAGGAUCCAGUGAAGUGUGGACAUAGAGCCGAAGUACCUAAUAGUCCUACAAGGUCAGAAACAUGUUCACUGCAACCCAGACCUCCAAGACCCAGUUCUUGGAACAAGCCAGGCAGGCGAGGGAGGAGAGGAAAGGGUACAAGGAGAAGGAGAGGGCCGCCACUCUCAUGCAGGCACUGGUCAGGAGGUUUCUCUGUCGCUGUGCACUGCAGAAGCAAAUCAGGCAAGAAGUUGAUGAGUUUUUCGUAGCUGCUGAAACGGGCACAACGAAGAGAAAUGCAUUGUCCAUAUUUAAGAUUGCACGAAAGUUGCUAUUCAUCUGUGGCAAAGAUGACAAAUUGCGCUUUGAGAAGCUUUGCCGUGCCAUUCUCAGCAGCAUGGAAGCUGACAAUGAACCCAAGGUGUGGUAUGUGUCCUUGGCCCUGUCUAAAGACCUGACCAUCCCGUGGCUCAAACAGAUUAAAGAUGUCCUGUGGAUGUGCUGUGAGUUCCUCAAAAAGUUAAAGCCUGACAUAAUGCUGGACAGUAAGUUGGUGACACUACACCUCACUAUGCUCAUCACGUUCACUGACACCGCUACUUGGAAGAUAGUGAAAGGAAAAGGAGAGCAAUUCAAACUGGCCUUGAAUAGAAUGUGUGAAAACAUCAUGGGCCAUCUCAACCAAAAGGGAUUUUACUCUGUGCUGCAGAUUUUGCUCACAAAUGGAUUGGCAAGAUCCAGGCCCUCACUGACCAAGAGCAUGUUAACAGCCGUCUUCACCCUCUCGCUCAGACCUGUCCUUGCUGCGCACUUCUCUGAUAACUUGCUGAGGUCCUUCCUCAUCCACAUCAUGUCCGUUCCAGCAGUGGUCUCUCACCUCAACACACUAACCCCUGAGUGUAUGGCCACCAUGCAGACCCAUGACCUCCUGAGGAAGUUCAUCUUGUUCCUGAGUCGAGAGGAACAGUGCCUUGACAUCUGUGUCUGCCUGGAGGGAAGUCACACACUGUGCUUACUAGGUAAUCUCAUCCACCUGGGUUUCCUGAGCGAGAAAGUGCUGGAGGACGAGGCCAACCACUUUGUGAAGGACCUGACGGACAUGCUCUCAUACUGCCAGAGAUACGUGUCACAGAAGAAGUCCAACCUCACCCACUGGCACCCAGUCCUGGGCUGGUUCUCCCAAACUGUGGAUUACGGCCUGAAUGAGUCCAUGCCACUGGUGACACGGCAGCUGCAGUAUCUAUGGGGCGUGCCGGUCAUCCGCACGCUCUUCUGGGACGUGCUCAGCAAGAAGCUGGAGGCUCAGGAGCCCACCCCUCCCCCUCAACCUCCACCAACCACGUCGCAGAAUAACCUGCCAGUCAAGAAUCUGUUCAAACGGGCGUUCCAAAAGUCCGCGUCGGUGCGGAACAUCCUGAAGCCGGUCGGUGGGAAGCGCGUGGACUCGGUGGAGGUGCAGAAGGUUUGCAGCAUCUGUGUGCUGUACCAGACCGCCCUGACCACCCUCACCCAGAUCCGUCUGCAGAUCCUCACCGGCCUGACAUAUCUGGACGACCUGCUGCCUAAGCUGUGGGCCUUCAUCUGUGAGCUGGGCCCCCAGGGUGGCCUCAAGCUCUUCAUGGAGUGCCUGAACAACGACACGGAGGAGUCCAAGCAGCUGCUCGCCAUGCUCAUGCUCUUCUGCGACUGCUCACGCCACCUCAUCACGAUCCUAGAUGACAUCGAAGUCUACGAGGAGCAGAUAUCAUUUAAAAUAGAAGAGCUGGUCACCAUCUCCUCGUUUCUCAACACGUUUGUCUACAAGUUGGUUUGGGACGGCAUCCUUGAGAAUGCUAAAGGGGAGAAGCUAGAUCUGUUCCAUAGCGUCCACGGCUGGCUGAUGGUCCUUUACGAGCGAGACUGUAGACGCAGGUUCUCUCCAGAUGACCACUGGCUCCGCAAGGACCUGAAGCCAAGUCUGCUCUUCCAGGAGCUGGAAAAGGGCAAGAGAAGAGCCCAGCUACUGCUGCAGUACAUCCCACACAUCAUUCCUCACAAAAACAGAGUGCUGCUGUUCCGGAACAUAGUGACAAAAGAGAAGGAGACUCUGGGACUGGUGGAGACGAGCCAGGCCUCCCCUCACGUCACGCACAUCACCAUCCGACGGUCACGCAUGCUGGAGGAUGGAUACGACCAGCUCAGACGCCUUCCUGUUAACUCCAUCAAAGGAGUGAUCCGUGUGAAGUUUGUCAAUGACCUGGGAGUGGACGAGGCUGGUAUUGACCAGGAUGGCGUCUUCAAGGAGUUCUUAGAAGAGAUCAUCAAAAAGGUCUUCAACCCUGCACUGAACCUUUUCAAGACCACCAGCGGGAACGAGCGUCUCUACCCAUCCCCCACGUCCAACAUUCACGAGUACCACCUGCAGCUCUUUGAGUUUGUGGGCAAGAUGCUGGGCAAGGCCAUGUACGAGGGCAUCGUGGUGGACGUGCCCUUCGCCUCCUUCUUCCUCAGCCAGGUGAUGGGCCACCACCACAGCGUCUUCUACAGCUCCAUCGACGAGCUGCCCUCGCUCGACUCCGAGUUCUACAAGAACCUCACCUCCAUCAAGCGCUAUGACGGAGAUGUAAGUGACCUGGGGCUGACACUAUCAUAUGACGAGGAGGUGAUGGGGCAGUUGGUUUGCCAUGAGCUCAUUCCCGGAGGGAAGACUAUGUGUGUGACCAACGAAAACAAGAUCAGCUACAUCCACCUGAUGGCACACUUCCGCAUGCACACGCAGAUCAAGGAGCAGACGGCGGCGUUCAUCCGGGGCUUCCGCUGCAUCAUCAACCCCGAGUGGCUGCACAUGUUCUCCACGCCCGAGGUGCAGCGCCUCGUCUCCGGGGACAACGCCGAGAUGGACCUGGACGACCUCAAGAAACACACAGUUUAUUAUGGAGGUUUCCACAGCAGUCAUCGUGUGAUCAUCUGGCUGUGGGACAUCCUCUCCAGUGACUUCACCCCUGAGGAGAAGGCCAUGUUUCUCAAGUUUGUCACCAGUUGUUCCAGGUCCCCACUGCUGGGCUUUGCCUACCUCAAGCCCCCCUUCUCCAUCCGCUGUGUGGAGGUGUCUGAUGAUCAGGACACGGGGGACACUCUGGGCAGCGUGCUGCGGGGCUUCUUCACCAUCCGCAAGAAGGAGCCGGGCGGCCGGCUGCCCACCUCCUCCACCUGCUUCAACCUGCUCAAGCUGCCCAACUACAGCAAGAAGAGCAUCCUGCGCGACAAGCUGCGCUAUGCCAUCAGCAUGAAUACAGGCUUCGAGCUCUCCUAACACCCGGCCAUCCACAGAGAGACUGCCUGCUCUAUCUUGGUCACACAUAUAUACGCACGCACGCAGACAGACAGACACACACACACAAACAACACUAUGAGGCAAUUUAAACCCUGUGGAGUUGUAUGGAAUCACUGGUCCCUGCCUCCCCAGAACUUUUUACCUGUAAGAUAAGAGAAGGACUACUAAGAUCUUUUUUUUUUUAAAAAGGACCCUAUCUCAGCAUCUGAAGCGCAUGGAGCUUCAGUCGCCUUACUGAAAUCAGAUCCUUCACGGAGGUGGCCUCUGCGGCGGACUGAAAGCCUGGAGGCGAGUGGCACCUCCUGGACUGCUGCUUCCGUCUGCUUCCCCUGAUUCGAUCCCCCCGCUAGCCCUCAGCACCCUGUUAGCUCUCAUCCCUAGCAGUGAGCAGUUCCCCCUCUGAGCAGUGAGGAAAGCCUCAUGUAGAUGCUAGUGUUCUUCUGUGCUGGGGAACAUGAACAGAGACUACUAGAGACAUAUGAAAUGGUAUGCAGGGUAGUGAGAGUGACUUUCUGUGCAUGACUUCCCCACUAAAUCCCUACUCUAAGGAACUCUCCGUUGGAGUGGAAAGCAAAACAAAACAACACACUCUUGGCAUUGUGCCAGUAUUUCUCAGGCCCUUGGCCACUCUUCUAAAAAAGCGACAUUUGACCUGGAAAGCAAUACAGACACCACGAAAGAACAAAGCCAUGCAAGACUUGAUCGCUCACCUGCCAUCUCCAACCCCCCCUUGACACACACACACACACCCUUCUCCAUUCACCCAGAUAGAUUGAGGAAAUGGGGAGCAGUGAUCUCCGUCUUUCCUUUUUGAAGAAGUCUGUCUAGAGUGGAGUUCAUUGUAACGUCAUUACGGAUAUUCGUGAUGGCUUCACAAUGGACAGCGUUGACUGGGCUUCUGAGCAGCUUUGAUGAAGAAAUGAGGACGCUGCAUAGGAGGCCAUUUUGGGACGCUGGUGACAGCAUGAUAACCCUUUGUGAAUCUCAUGUUUCAUCUGCUAGUUCUCUCCCUUUAACUAACACUAACAAUCUCUAUAUAGGAGACAACAUCCUGCACAUAAAUACAUUUUUUGCACAUCUCCCGGCAUAUGCACAGACGCAGUAUUCUGUUGUACCACUUUACUGUUGAUCCGACACACCUCUCACUCCUUGACGUCUUUACCAUUAGAGAUGUCCAUGUACUGUUAACAUUUUAGAAAAGGAUUCUUUGUGUUAGGUGUAUUGCUUUUAAUGUAUGUUAUAUUAACACUGGCACUGAAAUUUCCUAUCAUGAAGUUUAACCUCUGGUCGGAGUUUUGUAGCCAGAAGGGUGUCGUACUCCUAAAUACUUCUAGAAAGAGGAAUGGAAACCAGUGGCUCCUGCAUGGUGUGUAUCUCUCCCCUACCUACAUCGCUCCUGCUUUUAAAAGGCCACACACCUCUCACCCACACACCUUUUUUUUUUUUUAUCAGCCGUAUUCUAUUCACAUAGCCUGGGUCUGCUUUCAUAGAAUGUGAUUUCAUCUGCUGAAUGAAGAUGAUGAGGAGGUGGAGAAGAAGAAGAUGAUGGAGAGGCCAUCUGCGAUCCUUUGCGACAUCACUCAUCUUCACCUCCCCAAGACACGGCACGAGGGGGGAGACCACAUGAGUGUUGCCGUGGAAAUGAAGCCAUAAAAUCCGAGGGGGCAGUUUCACAAGAGCAGGAACUGUGGAGUGAAUGUUACAGGCAGAAACCAGACCUGUCUGGUCUCGAAGACCCAUUCACAGAGAAUUUUCACUUGAGACUUGCAACUGAUGAAGAAUGACUUUUUAACUCAACUAUUAAAACUAUUAAAGGACAUUAUUUUCCUAGUGACUAGGAAAGUCAUACUGAAUGAUGUCAUUGGCUGGUUAAUGGAGUCUGCUAAAACAGGCCCACCCUCUUGCCUGCCCCAUACUGAGCACAAGAUCAAAGCUUUCGGCUGGAAUUUGCUGUUUUUAUAAAUGGGGCGAAAACCUUUAUUGCUACUCAAUACAUUGUAGAUUCAGGAGGCUGAACGCUCCAGUGACCAGACUUCAUUUGGUCAAUCAUUCAAAGGGGGGUAACAUUGCUGGAAAAAUUGGCAAUAGCUUGUUUUCAGUCUUACGUUAUGCAAAACUACCCACUUAUGUUAUGUGAGGGUUGUCCGCAAUAUACCUCCACUGAAAUCUUGUAAAUCCUUGUCCUAUUUGUUGUCUGUGUGUACGCAAUCAUGUGUGCAGAAGUUGAGGUACACAAGGUGAAUUGUGUUAGCUGAUCCUGUCAUGGAUAGAACAAUGCUGUAACGCAAACUUUAAAAGAUGGCUGAACGAUGUUAAUGGCCAAAUAUUCUGUCAAAUGUUGCAAGGGAAAAAAGGCAUUUAUUAAAACACAGAAAUGCUGUUCGAUAGACACAGGCUUUAUAUCCAGCUCUUAUUGUUUGGCAAUCCACACUACUGGGGCAUUAUGGCAUUUUGGAAAACGUGCCCUAAAAGCCAGGCACAUUAAAGCCUGUAUCUUCAAAAAGCUGUUCACUUUUCACAUAGGACUACACCUAUGUUUUGUCAUGGCAAAGGCCAAGGGCUGGAAUUCAACAGAUCAUCAAGUCCAGGGAUUUUUUUCUGGGUCAAUCAACAUCAUGUGAUGAUGAAAGCGGACUGUGCAUGCCGCCCUGUAUGUAAAACACCAACAUUUCCAUGAAGAGAUCCCUCGUGUUUACAGAAGACUUAUAACCGCUAUUGGACUCUGCACUGGUGAGAUUUUUGUAAGGGCUCUAGUGGAAAGCAUUGAGAGUGAUGUGAAACAUAUGACAUCUGGGUGUAAACAGAACACCAAGGGAUUAUCUCCAAUGUGCCAGACAAACUGUUAUUGGCGAGACAGAAAGUUACCUCAGUGGCUGGGACUACUGUGAGACAGACCUUAUUGGCACACUUAUUGUGCUUUGAUGAUGUCACAUAUUCAUGAAUAUAUCCUAAUAAUAUUUGUUGUAAAGAAAGAUUGCUGAAAGAAAACAACCCUGAAAAAAAAACAUAAUAAUUCCCUUGACCUUUUGAAAGAACUUUUACAUUUGGUUGAACUAUGUCAAAUGCAGGUAAUCAAAAGGCAAUUUAAAUGUAAAAAAAAAAAAAAAAAUGUAUGAAGUGAAAUUUUCUCUGUAAAUGUAUACAUAGUUGUCAAUCAAUCAUGUAAAGCUUUGAGUAUUGAAAAAAAAACUUUACUUAACAACUCA